CCGGGCCCUCCCAAGGGGCUCUCCGGGCCAGAAGCCGAGAUCCGGCCCAAGCCCCCAGGAGUCCAGCCGGGAGGCUACACGCCCAGCUGUCUACGCGGGAACGGCUCCGGUUGAGAGACAACUUAACGGCUGCAGGUUGGGUAGGUGCGGCAGGAGUUUCAGCUGCGAGAGCCACCAGCCAGGAGGUCCGGAGUAGUAUGGCCCGGAGAAGCGCCUUCCCUGCCGCCGCGCUCCGAGUCUGGAGCAUCCUCCCGUGCCUGCUCGUGCUGCGGGCGGAGGUCGGGCAGCCGCGGGAGGAAAGCCUGUACCUGUGGAUCGAUGCUCACCAGGCGAGAGUGCUCAUAGGAUUUGAAGAAGAUAUCUUGAUUGUUUCAGAGGGGAAAAUGGCCCCUUUUACACAUGAUUUCAGAAGAGCACAACAGAGAAUGCCAGCCAUUCCUGUCAAUAUCCAUUCCAUGAAUUUCACUUGGCAAGCUGAAGGGCAGGCAGAAUACUUCUAUGAAUUCCUGUCCUUGCGCUCCCUGGAUAAAGGCAUCAUGGCAGACCCAACCGUCAAUGUCCCUCUGCUGGGAACAGUGCCUCACAAGGCAUCAGUUGUUCAAGUUGGUUUUCCAUGUCUCGGCAAACAAGAUGGAGUGGCAGCGUUUGAAGUGAAUGUGAUUGUAAUGAAUUCUGAAGGCAACACCAUCCUGCAGACUCCUCAAAAUGCCAUCUUCUUUAAAACAUGUCAACAAGCUGAGUGCCCAGGAGGGUGCCGAAAUGGAGGCUUUUGUAAUGAAAGACGGGUCUGCCAGUGUCCUGAUGGAUUCUACGGACCUCACUGUGAGAAAGCCCUUUGCACACCACGAUGCAUGAACGGCGGGCUUUGUGUUACUCCCGGUUUCUGCAUCUGUCCACCUGGAUUCUAUGGAGUCAAUUGUGAUAAAGCAAACUGCUCAGCCACCUGCUUUAACGGAGGGACCUGUUUCUACCCUGGAAAGUGUAUUUGCCCUCCAGCACUUGAGGGGGAACAGUGUGAAAUAAGCAAAUGCCCACAGCCCUGUCGAAAUGGAGGUAAAUGCAUUGGCAAAAGUAAAUGCAAGUGCUCCAAAGGUUACCAAGGAGACCUCUGUUCAAAGCCUGUCUGCGAGCCUGGCUGCGGUACACACGGAACCUGCCACGAACCCAACAAAUGCCAGUGUCAGGAAGGCUGGCAUGGAAGACACUGCAAUAAAAGGUACCGAGGCAGCCUCACGCAUGCCCUGAGGCCAGCAGGCGCCGGGCUCAGGCAGCACACGCCUUCACUUAAAAAGGCCGAGGAACGGCAGGACCCACCUGAAUCCAAUUACAUCUGGUGAACUCCGACAUCUGAAACGUUUUAAGUUACACCAAGUUCAUAGCCUUUGUUAACCUUUCAUGUGUUGAAUGUUCAAAUAAUGUUCAUUACAGUUAAGAAUACUGGCCUGAAUUUUAUUAGCUUCAUUAUAAAUCACCGAGCUGAUAUUUACUCUUCCUUUUAAGUUUUCUAAGUACAUCUGUAGCGUGAUGGUAUAGAUUUUCUUGUUUCAGUGCUUUGGGACCGAUUUUAUGUUAUGUAAGUUGUUCAGGUUAAAUUUUUGUCUUUUCAGUGUGUAGUUGGCAGAUAAUUUCCAAAAGUACAAUGCAUUCAUGAUGUCGAGGGGCUGGGCAACAUUAGAGAAGAUAAAUGGAACAAAAAUGCAUAAAUCACAAGGGUCUGGAUGAAGCAGUUAAAGUGCUGAAGUUAUAGCAUUUCAAAUUAUAUUGUCAUGUAUUUAGACAUUUCUCACAUUUUUUAAAUUCCCCUUAUUUCUAAACUCACAAUACAAUAUAUUUUGACCUUACCAUAAUUCCAGAGAAUUCAGUAUUGAAAAAAAAAAAAAGAGAGAGAGAAAGAAAUAACACUGUG